ACCUCUCUCUGAAGAAAGACGACAGCCCCGAGAGAAUGAACAUCAGAACAAGGGGCAAGAGAGGCUCAGUAACCUUCGCAGAUAUGAAUGGUUCAGCCGAGGACCCCCAUAAAUCAGAUGAUGAAGGAAAACAUUUUCUAAGGAAAUCAGCAAGAUUGCAAACAGAGGGGAAGUCACCUCAGGAGGAGCAAACUGACGAUGUGGAUAGCACCCCCACCUCCCGUAAGCAGCACCAGGGUGCCUUGCGGGAGAGAGACGUGGACAACUCUAUUCGCCGCAGCUCCAGAAUCACCAGAUAUAAGCUCAACGCCCGAAACCAGUCGGUGCUCUACGACCGACUCAUCACCAACACUGCUGAAGCAGUCCUCCAGAAGAUGGACGACAUGAAGAAGUUGAGACGCAGGCUGAGGAGCCGAGACAAUCAAGAAGAGGACUUGAGAAUUUUCCAGGGCGGCAAGAGAAAAAGAUCCACAAGACUAUCUGCAGCAAGUGGUGAAAGUGAAGAUAACCAAGAAAAUGGCAAUGGAGAUUUCAGUGAAGAGGAGGGAGAUGAGGAGGAGGAGGAGGAGGAGGAUGAGGAAGAGGAGGGGGGACAAGGAGAAAAAAAGAAUGAGGAGGCUGAAGAAGAAGAUGAUGAUGAUGAUGAAGACGACGAUGACGAAGAAGAGGAGGAGGAAGAGGAAGAGGAGGACGAAGGGGACAACCAGAAACGCUAUGACUUCAGGAAGAGAAAGACCAUCGAGCGCUACCAGCCACCCAUGGAGGAGCCCAAGAAGCGCAGUAUCUUCUACAAGCGCCACUCCUCCCCCACCAGACGCCGCUACAGAUUCUCCACCUCCGGACCCAGGAGCCCCUACAGCAGCAGACGCAGCAUCAGCCGGACUCAAUCUAAGGGGAGAAGACAUGCCAUCCACAGCAGUGACUCAACGUCGUCCUCCUCCUCAUCGUCAUCCUCAGACGAGGAGAAGUUCGAGCGGCGCCGGAGUAAGAACCGCAACAGGUCCAUUAACAGCUGCUUGCCACUGAACCUACGUAAGGAAGACCUGCUGGGGAUCCACAAGGACCGCAUGAAGAUCGGGGCCAGCCUGGCCGACGUGGACCCCAUGCAGAUAGACCAGACAGUGCGUUUUGACAGCAUUGGGGGUCUGACCCGCCACAUCUCCUCGCUGAAGGAGAUGGUCGUCUUCCCCCUGUUAUACCCUGAAGUCUUUGAGAGAUUCAAGAUCCAGCCUCCAAGAGGCUGCCUGUUCUACGGGCCCCCCGGCACUGGGAAGACGCUGGUGGCUCGGGCCCUGGCCAACGAGUGCAGCCAGGGGGACAAGAAGGUGUCUUUCUUCAUGAGGAAGGGCGCUGACUGCCUCAGCAAGUGGGUGGGGGAGUCUGAGAGGCAGCUCCGGCUGCUCUUCGAUCAGGCCUAUCAGAUGCGUCCAGCAAUAAUUUUCUUUGACGAAAUCGAUGGCUUGGCUCCUGUGCGAUCCAGCAGACAGGACCAGAUUCACAGCUCCAUAGUGUCGACGCUGCUGGCCCUGAUGGACGGGCUGGACAGCCGAGGGGAGGUGGUGGUGAUCGGAGCCACUAACCGCCUGGACUCCAUCGACCCGGCGCUCAGACGCCCGGGACGCUUCGACAGGGAGUUCCUGUUCGGCCUGCCAGACAGAGAUGCCCGCAGAGACAUUCUGAAGAUCCACACGCGCCAGUGGAACCCUCAGCCCUCAGACGCUUUCCUGGCGGAACUGGCUGACAUAUGCGUUGGCUACUGUGGCGCUGACAUCAAGGCAGUAUGUGCGGAGGCGGCCCUGUGCGCGCUCCGCCGGCGCUACCCCCAGAUCUACGCCUCCUCCCAGAAGCUGCAGCUGGAUGUCUCGUCCAUCAGCGUGGGCGCGCGCGACUUCGUCUCUGCCAUGCGCAAGAUGGUGCCCGCCUCCCAGCGUGCGGUGGUCUCGCCCGCCAAGGCCCUGGCGCACAUCGUGCAGCCGCUGCUGUCUGCCUCGCUGGCCAGCAUUCUGGACGUGGUGCAGAGGGUGUUCCCACACGCCGAGCAAGGCCUGAGGAGGAACCAGGGGAGAGGAGAGCUGGCCAAUGGCAUGUUGGAUGAGGACAUGCUGUAUAGUGACGAGGAGGGACCAGCUAUCACUAAUGGACCAAGGCAUCCCACCACUGCAGCCGGCAGCUUCCUUUGCUUCAACAGGAGUGUGCUCCGGCAGCCCACCUCCUACCGGCCGCGUCUGCUGCUCAGCGGGGCACCUGGCUCGGGUCAGAGCUCGCACCUGGCCCCCGCCGUGCUCCACACGCUGGAGAAGUUCACCGUCUACACGCUGGACCUGGCCGUCCUGUUCGGAGUCAGCAGCACCACCCCAGAGGAGGCCUGUGCUCAGCUGUUCUGCGAGGCCAAGCGUACGGCGCCCAGCAUCCUGUACAUCCCCCACCUGCAGCGCUGGUGGGACACGGUGGGGCCCGCCCUGAGGGCCACCUUCCUCAGCCUGCUCAGCGACAUCCCCCCCUUCUCCCCCAUCCUGCUGCUGGCCACCUGCAGCCGACACUACGACAGCCUCUUCCCCGAGGUUCAGGACCUGUUCCGUAUGGAGUACGGGGAGGUGUUUGAGGUUCCCCUGCCCACUCGACAGGAGAGGCACCGGUUCUUUGAGGACCUCAUUCUCAACCAGGCGGCCAAAGUACCAGCAUCCAAAAGGAGAGCAGUGAUGCAGGUGUUGGAGGUGCUGCCCUUAGCCCCUCCCCCUCCCCCGCGUCGGCUGACAGAUCAGGAAGUGCAGCAGCUGGAGGACCAGGAAGAGGACACCCUCAGGGAGCUCCGCCUCUUCCUGCGGGACGUGACCAAUCGCCUUGCUCAGGACAAGCGCUUCAAGGCCUUCACCCGGCCCGUGGACCCUGAGGAGGUUCCAGACUACGUCACUGUUAUCAAGCACCCCAUGGAUCUGGCAACCCUUCUUUCCAACAUCGACUCGCACAAGUACGUUACUGUGAAAGAUUUCCUCCAUGAUGUGGACCUGAUCUGGAAAAACGCCUUGGAGUACAACCCAGACAGAGAUCCCUCAGAUCGCCUGAUCCGCCACCGAGCUUGUGCGCUGAAGGACACAGUGCAUGCCAUCAUCAAGGACCAGCUGGAUGAGGACUUUGAGAAGAUCUGUCAGGAAAUCAAAGAAUCGAGAAGCAAAAGAGGCGGUGCAGGCUCCAGGUAUGCGCCUCCGUACUACCACGUCCAACCCAAAGCUCCAGUAGCCCAGGAGAAGACAGGUGCCCUCUCCCCUUCCAAAGACGCAGGGUCAGCUGUGCCCGCUGCUGCAUCAACGCCACGCUGCACACGUAAGCUGUAUUGUACGGCCUCCAAGAAAAGGCGACGAAGAAGCCGGUGGUCCGCUGGCGUCAUCACCAAGAAGAAGUCCUCCUCUCACGCCCGAGACGCCGCAGAGUCUGUGGAUGAGGAAGAGGACGAUGAAGAAGAGGAAGGAGAGGAGGAAGAAGAGGAGAAGGCAGAGGAUAUGGAGGUGCUGGAGCAACAGGAAGAAGAAACACUAAAGAAACUCUGCCUCUUCCUGUCUGAUGUCACCAAUCGCUUGGCCGAAGACAAGCGAUUUGAAGCUUUCACUGAGCCUGUGGAUCCAGAGGAGGUUCCAGACUACACCACCGUUAUCAAGCAACCCAUGGACCUCUCCACUGUUCUCGCCAAUAUCGACUCAAAUAAAUACCUUACUGUGAAAGAUUUCCUGCAUGAUGUGGACCUUAUCUGGAUCAACGCACUUGAAUACAACCCAGAAUCAGAUCCUGAAAGUCGGCUUAUCCGCAAGCAAGCAGUGGCCCUGAAGACCAUGGUGCACGACCUCGUCAAGACUGAGAUAGACGAGGAGCUGCAGGAGUCUUGCCAAAAAAUCAAAGAGGCGCGUUGCCGGAGAGCAAACGACUCCAAAAGCAACGAUGCCCCUGUGCCAUCCACCCCACAGUCGGCUCAGAAGAAGAGAAGGAGGAGAGGCCGAUGGAGCAGCGGUGUGCUGCCCAAGAAGAAGUCCCACUCUCGGGACAACUCCACCGCCGCAGAGUCUGUAGAUGAUGAUGAGGAGGAGGAGGAGGAAGCCGGGGAGGCAGAGGAAGACCACAGCGAGAAGCCUCAGGCAACAGAGGUGGAGGUGGAGGAGGCUGCCAUUGCUGAGGCGGAGGAGGAGACGGUAGUUGGGGAAACGGAGGAGGAUGCUGAGAUGCAGACUGAAGAGACUGGUCCUGAUGCUGCAGCUAUGGAGACUCAGGAGACUGGCUCCAUCACUGCUGCCAUGGACACUGAAGAGAUUGGCCUCGCAGCUCCUACUGCUCCUGCUGCUGCUGCCGUGGAGGAGGGAGGAGGAGAUGCCAACCCUUCGUCCCCAUUGGCUGGUGCGCUGGUGAAUGGACAAGUCCCCAAUGAGGCUGGGGACCAAUCAGAGGAACAGGCUGCCGCUGAGCCUGAGACGAUGGCCAAUGAGAUUCUGCCAGCUGAACCUGCUCAGAAGGUGGAGGCUGUGCAAGCGGAGCCUGAGUCGGCCAAACCUGGUAGGCCGGAACCGGACAAGGCACAACCUGAGGCGGAAGAAGACACUGGAAUAGAGAUUGGGACUCGUCGUAUGACGCGGGCCCUGAAGAGCCAGGUGCAGCAGCAGCAGGCCAUCAACCUGGAGGCUGCCAUGCAGAUCCUGGAGCAAAGCACCCAGCCACUUGUGGUCGACCACAACAAACUCAAGGAUCUACUGCACAGGGUGGUUGCUAAGACAGAGGGCUAUGAGGUGGAUCGACUGGAGAAACUGUAUGCUCUUCUGUGCCAGAGUGUGUACCGGCACAGGAAAGAGUAUGAUAAGACUGCGCUUUUACAGGAAAUGGAGAAGGAAAUUGAGGACUUCGAAUAAUUUUGUAGCAUUUUGACUGUGCAGAACACCAUUAACUAUAUUAUAUUUUGCUAAUUAUUUUUGGUAGUUAUUCGUUGGUGUAUAUAUGUCUUUGUCUUAUUAAAGUUUUUUGGAAUAUUUUA